AUGGUUGGACGCUGGCGGAGGGGCUCGCUCCUGGGGCGACGAGAAGGAUCGAGGGCUUCCGGCGGCAACGCGGCAACGCAACGUGGAGAGGCGUGUCCUAGGGAGAUACAGUUGGGAUGUUUGGGGAGAGGGCCGGAAGAUGGGUUGCAUGGCGAGGCGGGCGCUCUCAAGUGA